UAGCCAGCUGGACAAUUCUGGGCCACUUGGCUAGUAUGUUUUUUUUCUUAUCACACACUGACCGUAUAGUUAUGUCCGACCAACAAUUUGUUUUAAGAUGGCAUUAUCACGAGACGACGUUGAUACACAAUUUGCCUUGUUUUCUAGAAAGUGAUGUUUUGACAGACGUUACCUUAUCUGUGGGAUCCCGGCAAGUGAAAGCUCACAAAAUUAUACUGGCCAUGUGCAGUGUUUAUUUUCUCCAAUUAUUCCAGGAGAUUAAAUCAUCACAUCCAGUCGUGAUUUUACACAAUGUGAGUUUCGAAGAAGUAAAGGCCAUCUUGUCUUUUGUGUACAGAGGUCAGUGUGUGGUAUCUCAAGAACAACUUCCAAGUUUGUUGUCUGUUGCCAAAAUGCUAAGGAUUCAGGGACUGUGUGAUAUGAAGAUACCCGACGACAGACAUAUACGAAAUGACUCGUCAACGAACAUUGACCGCGUUACUGAAACAAUGGUGAAUGAAAAAAAAUUAAAAAUUUGUGAUAAUUUGCAAAACUUCAGGGACCGCAAUACAACUGAAAGUAUCAAUAUAAAAAGACAAGUUGAUAACAGACUGCCCAUUCCAGAUUUUAAUCCUAACGAAGCUUAUAAAACACAGGCUUGUUUUGACGAUAAGGCUAUGCCGCUGAUAAAUGAGUCCAUUCCCAUGAAAUUUGAAGACGAACCAUACGCGCUGAUGAAGAAAUUUGUGCCAAGAGACUCUCCAGAGACUUGCAAGUGCUUUCUAUGUGGAAAAUACCUCAGUAACCAGUACAAUCUUCGAGUUCAUAUGGAGACCCAUGAGGAAGCUUUUCAUGCCUGUCAGUCUUGCGCUCAUGUCUCUAGAAGUAGAGAUGCUUUGCGAAAACAUGUAUCAUACCGACACCCUGAAGAAUAUCAGACGCGGAAACGAAAAAAGGCAGACACCUGAUACCAGCAAAAAGUGUAGAUUAAAAAGAAACGUUAAAACCAAAA